AUGGUCAUCGUGCAGUACGCCGAGUCAAAUGGUAUGGGCCUAAUAGUGGGUUGUGACGCGAACUCACAAAACACUAUAUGGGGUAGCACGAAAUGCAACUUCCGUGGGAACAAGCUAUUAGACUACAUUCUGUCCUCUGAAUUGGUAAUACAGAAUGUGGGUAACAAACCUACUUUUGUCACCAGCAGAAGACAAGAAGCGAUAGAUCUAACCUUAACCAAUGUAGUUAUGGCGGAUCAUAUCAAAGGAUGGCCAAGGCAUAGUAAACCGUUGUCUCUAAAUGAAAUCAUUGACGAAUUGGAGAAAUUAGAUGAUGAAACCCCAUUUCCAAGAAAUAUAACAAUUUUUCCACCGGACAACGCCAAUGCAGAAAUUACCGAUGAAGACUCUGGUGAUGAGGAGAUAGUAACAUUGAACAAUCUUCCAGGUUCUCAGCUAAGAGCUUCGGCAGAGAUUGAAUACAUGUCCUCUGACAGUGACGACGACGACGUACCUUUGUGUUCAUUGGCUAAAAGGAGUCGAACAACCGAGGAACCCAUCACUGAAGAACGUCAAACUGAGCCUUCUACAUCUAGUUCAGCUCCAAUUAUUAGCAGACCAUCAGCCGUUCCUUUCGUUGAUCCAACCGUACCGAACAAUGAAAAAUAUAUUUGGAGAAAUCGCCACAAUCCACGCGACCAAUUAGAAUGGCAAGAAAACCAGGGGCCAAGAUACCCUCAAACACCUGUGUAUUAUUUUGAUUGUAUGUUUGGUGAUGGCGUAAUAGACUUAUUGGUUACAUAUACAAAUAUUUACGCCACUCAAAAAAACAAAGUGGGUAAUGUAACAAGCAGCGAGAUGAAGUGCUUUCUGGGUAUUCUCCUUUACAGUGGAUACAUUGUAGUUCCCAGAAGAUACAUAUAUUGGGAUAAAUCAUCAGACACUGAUUUCAGUAUUGUGUAUAACGCUAUGUCAAGGGAUAGAUUCACAUUUAUCAUGACUCACCUCCACUGUUGUGACAACACUCAAAUAGCUACCGAAAGCGACAAAUUUGCAAAGAUGAGACCUCUUUUCAAUAUUCUGAACGAAAUAUUUCUCAAUAUGGCUCCUUUAGAAGAAGUUUACAGUAUUGACGAGGCUAUGGUGCCUUACUACGGAGGACACAGCUGUAAACAAUUUAUACGGGGAAAGCCAAUUAGAUGGGGUUAUAAGUUCUGGGUUGGCGCGACGAGAUUGGGCUACAGCCUGGGAAAGAGCCUCGAACAACAGACAGGCGUAUAUAGCUUCCCUGCAAUUUGUCGUAAUCAAAAUGGCGUUCUUAUACCCAUGCCGGGAUCCUGCGCAGGUUUUUUCAUUUGUGUCGAUGGCCAUGCCAUAGCUAGCUCAUGUGGCGGAUUCUAUCACUUUAAUGCCCGCACCGGACUUUGCGAUCAUCCGCUGAAAGUCGGCUGUUCCAGCAACAAUCCACCAAUCGAAAAUGCAAUAUCUGCAACAACAUCAGCAAUAACUAAGUUGGUUGCUCGUCCAUCGUUGCCGAAACCGAAAAGUCCCAAUGAAGUAAUCGCCGAUCUGAGUGCUGGUGCAAUCUGCAAUGACCUGCCAACCGGUAUACUGCUGCCUAAAUCGAACUCGUGUACGCAAUACUAUGUGUGUAUAUAUCAGCGACCUUAUCGCCGGACCUGCCCUCCAAUGUUGCAUUUCAAUGCAACACGUGGCCUAUGUCAGGACCCGACGAUGGCCCGUUGCGUCAUUCCAUUUGAUUUAAACAAGCUGGACCGUCAACCAAAUGGAAAAACGGAAACGGUGAAUGAUUUUGAGAAAGGCAAACUGACUAAGGUUGCUAUAUCGACUGACAUCGAUGACAGCCACGUAGAUAAUAUUUGCGCUUCGAGUAAUGAUGGGACUUUGCUCCCCUACGCGGGCGAUUGUACCCGUUUCAUUUUCUGUAUGCGCGGUCAAGUUUUGUCAUUAUUUUGCCCAGAAGGAUACCACUUCAGUCCACGAAACGCACAUUGUGAAUGGCCUUCAAUUGCAGAAUGUGCCGGACUCUCUAGAUAA